AUGAAUGUCAAGGAACCACAAGGAACAGAAAGAGUUACAUCUCCUGCCUCAUCCACUGAACCUGAGCAGAAGCAGACCUCACCUGACCAGCCAGUAGACAUUUGCCAAACCCGUUGGUUUAACCGGGACAAUGCCUCUGGCGACGGGGACAAAGAAUGGCUCUCUGUCCUCCAUCAUGAGAACCCCAAUGAGAUUUGCGAUGCUCCAAUUGCAAUCGAGGCCCAGACUGUGGGUGGCAUCCCGGCUUCGCAAACUGGGCAAGAAUUUGCAGUGAAUGAUGCCAGCGUUGGCUUUGUCUGCAUCAAUGUGGAGCAAGGAAAAGGCCAACGUUGCCAUGACUACCAGGUGCGGUUCACCUGCCCUCCAUUCUUCUGCUCUGUAUGCAAGACGGACUGGUUUGAUCGGGACAAUCCCUUUGAGACUGGGGACCACGAACUCUUGUCUAAGCUCCUCAAUGAAAAUCCGGGUAAAAUCUGUUCUAAUCCGGCUGCGAUGGAGGUCGAGACGCUGAACGGGACUCCGGCUUCUGAGACGGGCCAACAGUUUGCUGUGAAUGAUGUCUCCCAGGGCUUCUCGUGUUUCAACGCCGAUCAAGGGAAAGGGGUUUUUUGCCUUGACUAUCGGGUCCGAUUCACAUGUCCAGAGUCCUUCUGUGCUGUUUGCAAGACAAGGUGGUUUAACAGCGACCAUCCCACCGCAACUGGGGACUAUGAACUGCUCUGUUAUCUCCGAGAAGACCACCCCGGCGCUAUUUGCUUAAAUCCAAUUGCUCUAGAAGUGCAAACUGUGCAAGGGAUUCCUGCUUCUGAGACCGGCCAGAAAUUUGCAUGCAACGACGUGGCCAACGGGUUUGCUUGCAUCAAUGCACACCAGGGGAAAGGGGUCUUCUGCCACGAUUACAAAGUGCGCUUCACCUGCCCAGACUUCUUCUGUUCAGUCUUUGCAUCCCCUCCCUCGGUGGUCAACAGUCCCCCUCCUCCAUGCACCAUGAGCUCCAGCCAAAAGAAGGAGCAGCCAGCAAUGCUCAAGCCAAGACCUCUCGGCCUGAAACAAGGCCUAGCAGAGAUGUACCAAGAAGAACUACUCUGUGACGCCACCCUCAUUGUCGAUGGACAGACAUUUCCCUGCCACAGAGCUCUCCUGGCAGCCAUCAGCCCAUAUUUUCGGAACAUUUUUGUCAGUGCUUGGCCCGACGUAAGAGAGAUCCUGUUGACGAAUGUGGCCCCAUCAACUGUCCGAAGCAUUCUGAAAUAUAUCUACACGGAGGAGAUAAUACUCACACCUGAGCAGGCCCCGGACAUCUUUGCAGGAGCCAGCCAGCUGCAGAUUGUUCCACUACGGGAUAUCUGCUGUAGGUUCCUCAUAACAAACCUCUCUACACAGAACUGCUUUGCAAUGUACACGUUGGCUCACACUCACAAAAGCCGGCCCUUGCUUCGUGUCGUAGUAAAGUGCCUCACCCUCAACUUUGAGAAGGUCUUUGAACAGCGGGCCUUCCUCCAGUUGGACCUCAGUACACUCGUGGCCCUGAUCUCUUCCAACGACCUCGCCGUUGCCUCUGAGCUGAAAGUCUACCAGGCAGUGCGGCGCUGGGUGAGUUUCCAGCCCAGCAAGCGCAGCCCGCACCUCGGCGAGCUGAUGCGUCAUGUCCGGUUCUCCCUCUUCAACACCAAAGAGCAGGUGGAACUCUACAGGGACUUGGAGAAGUGGGGGGAUCUCCAGCUCGAAUGGAAGAAUCUGGACAGCCAGGAGAGAUUGCACCAAGCAGGAGGGCUACGGCAGGGCAUGUACAAGCCGCACAUCAUGUGCGUCGACACCCAGAUGUAUGAGUACCAAGAGCUGGAAAGCGAGAAUGCAUCCAUGGCCUGCUAUGAACCUCAAGCUGAAAAAUGGGAGACGCUCCCUGGGCUGCAAGCCUUGACGCAUGCUUGCUGCGCGGGUGGUGGCAACACGAUCUACAUUUCCGGAGGGGUCUGCAGAAAUUCUUAUUCUUCAGCUCUGCAUGAGUUUGAUGCCUUCAAAGGCCAAUGGGUGGAACUCCCCUCCAUGGCCUCCCCCCGGUGUGCACAUGGUUUCCUGUUUUACAACCAGAGGCUCUUUGCUGUGGGGGGCUGGUGCAAAUUCCAGAGCUUUCUCGACUCAGCGGAGAGCUUCGAUCUCAAAGCGAGGAAGUGGGCCAAGAUGGCCCGACUCCCCUUUGCUCUGAGCCACCCAGCUUCGUGUGUGUUCCGGAAAAAAUUGUAUUUCCUGGGCGGGGCCACCAGCAUUGCAUGGAAUUGGGUGUUUCACCGGGGCUUUCUGGUUUACGAGCCCGACUCGGAUACCUGGACGCAGGUGCCUCUUUCUACCGGCUUCUUUGCAGCUGGGGCCAUAGCUGUGGACGACGGGAUCUAUGUCCUUGGGGGUUUCUCCGAGAAGAAACUUCGGGACUCAGCCGAAGGGGUCGUGCUACCCGAGAACCGUCACAGCACUCGCAAGUGUUUCUUUGUCAACAAGGCUGGCAAAGUGAGUUGGGGCGUGAGCAUCCCGAAACUACCCCGAGGGAUAGCCAAUGCGGGGGUGGUCUACUGCAACAAUCGGAUCUAUGUCUUGGGUGGGGAAGAUUUAACGCAGCGCUACAAAGCCGUUUAUUACUGGGAGCCUGGCGAGAACCAUUGGCAUCGAUGUGCCACGGAGAUCCCAGUCUUUCGCGAAGGCAUCAGCCGGUUUGGGUGCGCCGUCUUGAUGAGACCCAAACCUCACGUCCUUCAGCUUUUCCAGAAACCCUCGCGUGUUCUCGUGGCUGCAGUCUGCAAGUAG